CUGGAGGAGGCUGGACGACAGGGACCAGAAGGCAGGAAGAUGAGCGUUCCCAUGCUGAAGAUCGGGGCGGUGCUCAGCACCAUGGCCAUGGUGACCAACUGGAUGUCCCAGACGCUGCCGUCGCUGGUGGGACUAAACGGGACCACCAUCUCCCGAGGGGGCACCUCGGAGAGGAUCGUCAGCGUGCGCUGUGGGAAACUGACAGGUGUCAGUAACCCCAUCACAGUGCGGGCUUCGGGCUCCCGAUUCGGCUCCUGGAUGACGGACACAAUGAUCCCCAGUUCAGACAACAGAGUGUGGUCGAUGGACGGCUACUUCAAGGGCCGCCGCGUGCUGGAGUACCGCACCAUGAACGACUUCACCAAGGGCCAGAACUUCGUGCAGCACCUGCUGCCCCACCCCUGGGCGGGCACGGGCCACGUGGUGUUCAACGGCUCCCUGUUCUACAACAAGUACCAGAGCAACAUCGUCAUCAAGUACCACUUCCGCUCCCGCAGCGUCCUGGUGCAGCGCAGCCUGAGCGGCGCCGGCUACAACAACACCUUCCCUUACUCCUGGGGCGGCUCGUCUGACAUCGACCUGAUGGCGGACGAGAACGGCCUGUGGGCCGUGUACACCACCAUCCCCAACGCGGGCAACAUCGUCAUCAGCCGGCUGGAGCCCCAGAGCCUGGAGGUGCUGCAGAGCUGGGACACGGGCUUCCCCAAGCGCAGCGCGGGCGAGUCUUUCAUGAUCUGCGGCACGCUGUACGUCACCAACUCCCACCUGGCCGGCGCCAAGAUCUACUUUGCGUACUACACCAACACGUCCACAUACGAGUACACGGACAUCCCCUUCCACAACCAGUACUCCCACAUCUCCAUGAUGGACUACAACCCCCGGGAGAGGGUCUUGUACACCUGGAAUAACGGACACCAGGUGCUGUACAACGUCACCCUGUUCCAGGUCAUCAAGACGUCCGGGGACUGA